GAAAAUCAUAAGACAUUGCACAUGGCGUCAUUGGCGUGUGUUGGCGGUCUAUCAGCAGGCCAGUCAUUGCUAUUCGCCAAAACCAAACACUCGUCACCCUUUACUUUAUCACCCGUGAGUUGUUCAAGAAACAGGGUAGGGAGGCGCUUUGGCUCAAUAAGAGCGGAGACCAUGGCCACUGAGAAACUGGGAAUCAAGAUCGAGAAGAACCCUCCCGAGUCCAAGCUCACACAACUUGGUGUCAGAAAAUGGCCCAAGUGGAGUUGCCCCCCAAGCAAAUUCCCAUGGACAUUCGAUACUAAAGAGGCCUGCUAUCUGCUUGAAGGAAAAGUGAAGGUUACUCCUGAUGGGUCUUCCGAGUCAGUCGAGAUAGGCGCGGGUGAUUUUGUCGAGUUCCCAAAAGGAAUGAGUUGCACUUGGGAUGUCUCAGUAGGUGUCGAUAAGCAUUAUAAUCUGGGCUAGUGACGUACCAAAGCCUUUUGCCGCGUAUUCCAGUAUAAUCUAUCUGGCAUUACUUCUGUGUAAAGUGAUGAAAACAUGGUUUAAAAGUUUUGCUACUUGUUACUUGUUUUUGGAGUAACUGAAA